AUGCGCGAAGCCGUCAGCCCGCAAGCCACGCUGUGCUCGCUGAUCUGUGGGCUGGUCCUGGUCGACGCGCAGGUCCCGGAAGCAGCGACGCUGCUGGAGCAUCGCGAAGAAGGUGAGGUCCGCCUCGCCGAAGUCCGUCGCUAUGUCCUGCGAGCCAGGAACGCCCGCCUGGGUCUGUUCGUUCAGAUUGGCCACCACGACUGGGCCUCACAGAUCUCGCACUGCCUUGAGGAGGUACUUUCUGCCACCGACGAGCCAACGGGAGUGCACCUGAACUUCGUGAACGGCACCGCGCCCUCUGAUGAUGAAGUGGAGGAGCUGCUCGGCUACGUUCAGGGCAAGCACAGCAAGGCCAACAUUUUCGUCACGAACUCGGCCGGCGCCGCAGCCGACAUGCCCCAGUUCUUGAUGCAGUUGGACUCCGCCACACGCGGGGGUGUGGACUAUGACAUCGUUCUGAAACUCCGUGUAUCUCCCCGGGACGAUGUUCAACAGCUCGCCUCCCAGGCGCUGUGUGGCACGCGCUUCCACGUGCGGUCGGUGCUGAACGCCUUUGCUGACAGGCCGUCCCUCGACCUGAUCGCUCCUGCAGGCACCAUUGUGGACCGGAAGACCAGCUCCAAGCACCUGGCCCCCGCUGUCUUCAACAAGGUCCUGGGCAACCGUAGCUGGGCGGGGCCCAGCGCUGGCAGCGCCAAAGGCGUACGCUCGCUUCUGCUGAUGAACACCGGCAACGUUGGCCUGAACGAAGCCGAGGACUUGGCCACCUACGUGGCUGGCGGCAGCUUCUGGCUCCGACGCCAGGCAGAGCCGCUGAAAACCGCAGUCGCCGCCAUCCCGCGGCUUGCCCCCCUGAUUCAGAGGCGCGACGAGGAAGCUCGCUCUCUGGAGCUGGCAUUGGAAUGCUUCGUGACUACGGCGCUGCGCCUUCGGGGUCGCGGCCUGGCCACGAUGCCUUCCGCACCCAAGGUGAUUGCCAUGUACUACCCGCAGUUCCACCAAGUGCCUGAGCUGGAGAAGUUCUUCGGAGAUGGCUACACGGACUGGAAGGCUCUGGAGGACUUCAAAGGCCAGGGGCUCCGGAAGCCUCUGAGUGAGGAGCGUGGAGGACUGGGCUUCUACGACCUGAUGAAGCGCCAGGUCAGGAGCCGCCAGGCGAACCUCGCCAAGCAGCACGGCGUCCAUGGUUUCUCGUACUACCACUACUGGUUCGGCGGUGAGGGUGGCCACAACAAGAGCGUCAUGUGGAAGGUGCCUUACCAGGUGCUCCACGAUGGGCAGCCCAAUCUGCCCUAUUUCUUCACGUGGGCCAACGAGCCUUGGACUCGGAAGUUCUCGGGCCAGGCCGGCGAGGAUGUGCUCAUCCCACAGACGUACGGCGACCGUGAGGCCUGGGAGGAGCACUUCGAGCACCUGGUGCAGUACUUCAAGGACCAUCGCUACAUGAAGAUCGACAACAAGCCGAUCUUUGCCAUCCUCCGGCCGCAGCUGCUUGAGGGGAAGCUGGAGCCCAUGCUGAAGGUCUGGCGAAGCAUGGCGCUGCAGAAGGGCUUCUCCGGCCUCUACAUCUUGUCCUCGGUUGGGCGCCGCUUUUACGAGGAGCACAAUUACAAGGCAGACCUUCUGGACGGGGCCUUCCACAAUGCGCCGAGCUGCAGGGACCUCUGUGGUGGCGUCGCCUCGAACCGGGACCUCUUCCUAGUCAAGGAGCCUCAUCAGUACUGGGGCGCUGCGACGGGCUUCGAUGGCCGCGUGCAUGGCAACAGCGGGGCCCUGCACGUUACGCCGAAGGACUUCCAGCAUGCCCUGGUGGGUUCCUUCGCGAACAUGACGGCCAUGCCGCAGAGACACGUCCCCGAGAAUCUCUUCUUCGUCGGCUCCUGGAACCACUGGGCGGAGCAGCACGCUCUCGAGCCGGACGAGACGUACGUCUUCGGCUACCUCCAGGCGCUGCGCAACGCCCUGGAGCAUGUAAAGCCGCUGGAGCUGGAAGCCCGCCAUUCAGGCUCUACCACUCAAGCGACGGCAUGA